UGUCAAACGGUAACAACUUUAACAGCAGUGAGUGUCACGACUGUUAUGUUAGACUGCGACGUUAUCAUUAUAGAACAAUCACGUAGCUUACAUGACAGAAUUCAGGCUUCGCCCUAUCUGCUAAUCAACUCACUAGGUCAUUAAAUAAAACAAUAAACACCCAUAAUUAAUCGUCCACAAGGCAAAUUGUUUGUCUUAAAUUUCCAGCAUUGUGAAGAACAGUGCAAGUUGGCAUAUCUUCAGUUACGGAGAGGGAGGUGUUUGGUCAGCGCAAAAUGGCGGCGACAACAAAUGGUAAUGGCAACUUAGUCGAUGAAUUCGAAGAAGCUUUUCAGUCAUGUUUGAAUGUACUUACGAAAGAGGAGACCGUGCCGGCUAUGGAGAAGGAUGAGAUUAAAGUUGAAGUUGAUCACACAAUCCUGCGGUUUAUCGAUCUGGCCCGUCAGAUGGAAGCAUUUUUUCUACAGAAACGGUUUUUACUUUCAGCCUUGAAGCCAGAAUUAGUUGUGAAAGAGGAUGUCACAGAACUGCGUGUGGAGUUAAUGCGCAAAGAAGAACUCAUAAAAAGGCACUAUGAGAAAAUCACUGUCUGGCAGAAUAUGCUGGCUGACCUGCAGGGUUGGGGCAAGUCUCCAGCAUCCUCAGGAAUACCCAAUGGUACAGCACAACAACCACCACAACCUCCAGCAGCCCCUAAUCUCCAGCAGCAACAACAACAACAACAACAGCAGCAACAACAACAGCAGCAGCAGCAACAGCAGCAGCAGCAAUUGCAGCAGCAGUUACACCAACAGCAGCAGUUGCAGCAGCAGCAGUUGCAACAAAUGCAGCAGCAGCAGCAGCAGCAACAGCAACUUCAGCAACAGAUGCAGCAACAGUGAGCCCCCUGUGGGUUUCUCACUGGAACUGUUUGUGUGUGCUUGCAGGGCAUGGCAGGUGCAGGCCCUCUGGUGUUCCUCCCACAAGGGGGAGGGCCACCUUUCCCCCCUCAGGGUCCGUUGCAGGGUCCACUGGCCUACCUCGAAAAGACGACGAGCAACAUAGGGCUGUCGGAAGGACGGAGGUGACGGGGGCGGGGGAGGGGGCGGGGCAGAGGCCGGGGGCGUGGGCGCGGCCGGGGGCGUGGCGCACCGCCUGAGUACGGGCCUGCCCCCUAAACCCUCCCUCCUGUCUCUUCAUUUCCAGCCAGUUGUUUUGUUGAUGUUAAUUUUUUUAUAAAUGUUACCAUAUUUAUAGAAUUAACUAUUAUCAUUUCACCAAUUAAGUUGCAGUCUGUGAUCUCUGUUUUGACGAAGCUGAUGUUACUUGAUAUAAUUGACAGUAUAUGAAAGAAUUGGCAAAGAAACCGUAUGUUAGUGCUUCCUGAGUUAUAAGAUUAUUCGUAUUAAUCUCUUGCAACAGCUGGGAAAUCAGUUGCUUGUAGAAAUUCUCGAAUGAAAUACAUCGUUGAUACUAUUCAACAUUUUGUAUGUGGACUUUCAGUUGUCUGUCUAGAUUGCAGUUUGCAGUGAAAUACUGAUGUAAAAAUUUUCACUGUCAUUUCAGGUCUUAAUCUACUGUUUUUGUAGUAUAUUGGUUUGAAUUUUUAUUAUGUUGGAGGGACUGAAACAGAAACCUCUGCCACACUGUUCGGAAUUUUGUGGAUGUCAGAUGUGAGCGGAUAGGACAUAGGCUGAGAACUGUAGCUUUAAAAUCGUAUUAAUGCUAUAGAAUGUGAGAGAAGAAAAACAAUAUUUGAUUAUAAAUGGCAGUUUUACAGUUUUAAGUGGUAGUUCCAUGAAACAACUGGUUUCUAUAAUUCAGCAAAUGUUACAGAAAUCAGUUGCAAUAUUAUGACUAUUUUUUAAUACCUUAAAAUCUGAUGCCAAAACUGAUGAACAUUUAUCAUGGUUCAGAUAACUAACAGUAAAUUAUUUUUAUAUGUAUCUUCAGCUGAUUUUAUAUUUUGAUCUGAUGUUAUCGUUGCUCCUCUCCUGUAAAACUUUAAGAACUCUUGUGAAUAUAAUACUAGUAUUUAUAUUUUUAGGUAACAGUUCACCACAAAAUAUUCCUCACCUAAUCGUUUCACAUUACAGUAGCAAAGGAUGUGCAUCUAUUUUAUUCAUGUGCCUUUUUAAUAAAAUACUCACUAUGUGCACUGAUGCGUAAGUCACAGUUUCUUCUUCAAACUGGUAUUUCUUAUAUCUGCAGUAGCAGUCAUUUCAUGGCUGUAAAUAUUUUUAGUGUUUCACUGCAAAUAAAUUUUACUUUUAACUGACUAGUGUACACUCCCUAUUGCUGCAAGUUAUAUUGAUUGUCAGGGGCUUAAAUGCCCUGGCAUUUCACAAGUAACAAUCAGUGCCUUAUGGUAUUUUCUAUUUGUGAGAUCCUUACUAAUAUUUUGUUUUGUAGUACAUUGCUUACAUCGAUGAACAUUCUGCCAGUCACAUCAUAUAUUGUCAUUAGGAUCAAGACAGUGUUGUUGGGUGUUCAGAAUUUACAUUUUUUGUUACAGGCUUAUUGGAAGAUGUGUCAAAAAAGUAUUUAUUUCCUCUGUUGUUUAAAGUCUAACACUAAUGCAAAAAGUUAUUUAUUGGACUGAGAAAUUGUUGAGGUUCUGAAUUGUUGCCUCUGCUCUCUUAAAAAGAGGAUUCUAAAUUAGAAAUUUGUCUUUUCCAGACAAUUUUGACAAUCUGUAUUUGUGGAAAUGAAGGUAAAAAUUCUAUGUAUUCUGUAAAUAACCCAGUGCCUGUUACAAAAUAAAUGUAUACGAGUGGAUACACAUGUAAAAACCGUUUUCAAAUUGUAAAUUGUGUAAAUAUAUCAAUCUGUUUGGAUUCAUA